AUGAAAGCUCUUCGUAAAUUAUCGCAUUUCCUCAAUCUAUAUUUCAUCUGUUCCACUUUUGUGACCUUGCCUUCAGCGGCCUCUUCGACAUGGGAGCACGUAGGGGGAGGACCCGGUGGGUUGGAGAUGAAAAAUCUAUCCGCACAUUCCGUACAACAUUCGUCAGCGAGGGAAAAGCACGCGUCCUGGCAGCCAAAACGCGAGGAUACCGUCGCAAUGGGACAAGAUAAAUCACCGACACUCGAUGGUCGAAGGCAAUCCCAACGGCAACGUCCUAAACUCGACUCCGACGAGGAUGGAGACGACGAUGUCCGAUUCGGUUCGGUUGCGGCUCGCAGCAGGACAACUUUUAAUCCGCUUCGACGCGAGGAGCACGAAGGACGCUGGCAAACGCAGGUCACCACGACGUCACCCCGCUCGGUCGAUAAAUCCGAAAACAAUCAACCGGAAAUGAAACUUUCCCGUCGCCAUUGGAAUACCCGCCGGUUGAACGAUGACGUUGAUGACGACGAUGACGUUGUCGACGCGGCGAAGGAUGAUUACUACGACACGCCGACGGUCGAGGGCGGCACCAGCGAAGGUGAUAAUUAUGAGGAUGACAAAAUAAUCAAUUCGGGAUCGUUGGACAACUUUUUCGAUAUGAAGUCGUCGUCCGCUUCGCCGUCAUCGUUAUCGUCGUUGUUGCCGGGAGCAGCAGGUGUCGGUUCGGAACAUCGAAGGGGUGAUUUUAAAAACGGUGCGUCAAAGCCGGAUCUCUUCGGAAAGGACUCGCAGGAUAUUGAGGAAGAAGACGACGACGCGAACGAGGGUGACGAUGAGGACGAGGACGAUGAGGACGAGGACGAUGAGGACCGCGAGGAGGACUACGGGGAAGCGUCCUACGGUGAGGAUAUCCUUCCGCCGAGUGAAGCGUUCGGAAGCUUCGGUGGACGGACGGAUGAUGGGCUGAAGGUGGAGGAAGCGCCGUACUUCCUGGUUGAGCCCCAGAGCACUCACGUCAUCCGAAGCAAACCGGCCGUCCUGAAGUGCAAAGCUGCUAACACGCUGCAGAUUCAUUUCAAGUGCAGUGGCAGCAUAAAGCCACCUCCGUCGAUCGAGGAGUCGCACGUGGAUCCGCACAGUGGCGUCCACUUUCAGGAGGUGACGGCCACGAUCUCGCGCGACCUGGUGUUCGAGUACUUCGGGAAGCAACCGUUCAAGUGCGAGUGCCACGCCUGGUCUCCGCGCGGGAAAGCCGUAAGUCAGCCGGCUUCGAUCGUCGUUGCGUAUUUGAAGAAACAUUUCGAGCUCCCGGAGACGCACAUCCGGGCCGAAGCUGGAGAAAAACUGGAAAUCAAAUGCAUCGCUCCGAAGGGCUAUCCGAAACCCCAGAUAACGUGGCUGAAGAACAACUUUACCAUCACGUCCAGUCCGCUGCUGACAUUCACGACCGAGGGCAACAUUGUGAUAACCAGCGUGAACCUGCAGGACAUCGGGAACUAUACAUGCGUCGCGGAAAACAUCGCUGGCAAGAGGACUUCGGAAUCGAUUGAACUAAUCGUCUAUGUGAACGGAGGUUGGAGUCAAUGGAGCGCCUGGCUAGAAUGUCGAUGUCCGGGAAAACCGGCCCAGGGAAGGAAGCGAACGCGGACCUGCAGCGAUCCCAUUCCGCUCUACGGAGGGGCACCCUGCGUCGGUCCGAAUCAGCAAAAGACGGCAGAUUGUGUAACCUGUCCAGAAGACACACAAAUUAUCACCCCUAACGGAUUUGAGGAUAACACAUUUGUGCGCCGUUGGUCCGCCUGGUCAGCGUGGAGUUCGUGUACGAACAAAUGCACCCAGUCCAGGAGACGUGUUUGCCGCACGCAGACGGUGGACUACUACGAUAAAGCGCUCGUGAAGCGCCAUCAACAGUUGGCCGCCCUGAUGGAGGACCACGACGAGCAGGAGAGCAGCGCCUACGGAUGCCACGGCAAGGACCUGCAGACCAUCGUUUGCCGCGGCGGUGAAUGCAAAAUUGAUGACACAGCAUCCGAUUGGAUUUUCUACCUCGGACUUGGCUUCAUCGUGACGCUCUGUCUGACAUUCCUGGUCUUCAUGCUGCACAUGAGACACCGUCAAAAGCUGCCCACGUACUCAAUCACGCGAACGUCCCCCGACCAGCACACCUACACCCACGAGUUCCAGAAGAAGCUGACCAUAUCCUCCAACCCACCGGACAUCAACAUUCGCGUCAAUGGGUACGAGUACUCGAACGGCAGCACGAUGGAGGCGCCAAAGAUUCCGAGCCAAAGCGUUCCACUGCUUCUGACGAGAUCCGUCUCCGAGCACCACUACGAUGAGCCGCAGUUCAACUCAGGUCAAACGAUCCCGAUGACCAAAAAGGAUGAUGGAAACAACGUUUACAUCCAACAGAAGGCAUCCAGCGUAUCGGCUUCUCCACAUCAUCAUCUUUACCAUCAGUAUCAUUCGCUCGAGGCGAGCCAUCAUCUUCAGCAUCGGAUGGCGUCGUCACCGUCGGCAUCACCUGCUGUCAGUCAAUCUCAAAAGGGUCAGUAUCGUAGUACUGAGUCGUUAUCCGCCACGUCCAUCACCGAUACGUCGAACUCAACGUACGCCAUCGCAACCACCGACUCGCUGGAGACGUGCAGCUCGUCGGAGGCCAUGUACAAAUCCACGUCCGCCCGGCAAGUUGUCACCUCCGACGGUGGUUGGCUCGAGCUGGAGCACCUGCAGACGUCCCUGUCCAUCCCGGAGGGAGCGUUGCCUGCGUCGCUCAAAAUCAACGUGUUCCUGGCCGUUAUGUACGACUCGAAGGAUACAAUUCUGGUCGAGAAUCAGGUGACCCACAUCAGCCCAACAGUUGUUUGUGGGCCAGCGAAGAGUAACUUCACGAAACCGCUCAUCCUGCGGGUGCCACACUGUGCCGAGGACAUUGCCAGCUGGAAGGUGUCUUUGUUCUACAAGGAGGAGGUCACGAACUGCUGGAAGAAGAUCGCCUCGUCCGAGAACGACGUGCCGAGUCCGCAGGCCUACAUCCAGCUCGACCAGCACAACGCGUACAUUAUGACGCGCAAACUCGGCAAGUACAGUCUGGGUGGGGAAAGUCUUGCCCCGGAGGUCGGCGUUACCAAACGGUUGAAGGUUGUGAUGUUCGGGCCGGCGAGAAAACCGGACGCGGACUUUAACAUCCGUGCGUACGUGCUGGAGGACUACCCGAGCGCACUCGAGCACUGCACCGGGAUCGAGGGUCGCCUGGGCUACUUCCAGAUUGGCCAGAGCUCGCCGUUCCACUUCGCGAACAGCAAGGAAGCGAUGACACUGCGCAUCAACUGCUCCGGUGGUUGGACAACGGACGCGGAAUGUGCCGUGCAGACCAUCCCCUUCAAUCACAUCUGGAAGAACAUGUCGAUCCUGCACUGCGAGUUCUUGCUGCGCAAGCUGGUUAACGAGAUGCCGUGCCUUCGGCUGGAGCUGUCCGCCGAGCAGGACAACGGGGCGAAAGUGCUCGUCACCUCCGUGGCAUUCUCGUGA